UCGGCUUCAAUUUAUGUCUUGUCUAUUCACUACGGUUUUAUUAUACAGAUGAAGUCAGGAUAUCUGUCUACUGUGAUAACUGUGUUGGAACGGAUUGGAUACAAUGUUGUCGCUGGUAAACGCUUAAACGAAUCAACGUUUGACUUCUUAUGGAGUCAUGAAUAUCCGUUCACUAUUAAACAACUUGAGCAGCAUUUGAAAGACCUGAAACCAUAUCAGAAAAUCAAUCAUAUACCUGGUUCUGGAUAUUACACUAGCAAGGUAAACUUAGCUACGGCUGAUGUAUCGGAAGGAGUUCCCAAAGCUUUUGAUAUGCCUGCAAGGAAAGAAGAAUUUCUGCAGUUUGCUGCCGAGAAUCCGGAAAUGCUGUGGGUGAGGAAGAACAAUGAACAUCGUGGAAUUGUUGUUCAGAAGCAAAAUGAGAUUCGUUUUGAUGACGGCAAUCACUUUAUACAAGAAUAUAUAUCUAAUCCUUUGCUCAUCGAUGGAAGGAAAUUUGAUGUCGGCAUUUAUACAGUGAUAACAUCAGUAUCGCCACUACGAGUCUAUGUAUAUGACGGUGAUGUGCUAUUGCGAUUCUGCAAUCAAAAUUACAGCCCGUUUGACCCUGAAGUACCGGAUAAAUAUGUUGUUGGUGAUGACUAUACACCGACAUGGGAAAUGCCGUCUCUCAAGCAGUAUUAUGUUGAUCAACAGUUGUCGUUCAAAGAAACUUUUAAUGCUUAUAUCAAAUCAUUGGGUGCCGAUCCAGAGGAUAUUUGGGAUGCUAUAAAAGAUACAAUUGCUGAAGUAAGAAAAACAUCUUAUAAUUUCUUUUCAGCUAAAUUUAUGAAUUUAAUAAUGACUAAUAAUAGUUUAUUUAGUCGGGUUUUUAGAUCAUUCUUCGAACUCAGUCGGUUCGACUUCCUAAUCGACUCUAAUUUCAAAGUUUAUUUAAUGGAGGCUAACAUGUCCCCAAAUUUGUCAGCAGCUCAUUUCCCUCAAAAUCGAUUGCUCUAUGAACAGGUGCUGUAUAAUUUAUUUUCGUUGGUUGGUGUCUCUCAAUUUCUCAAUGGAAACAGCUUCGAGAACAACUUAAAAGUUCGUGAGAUGGAAGUGUCAAACAGAGACCUGGUCAGUGCUUCCGAAGAUUGUGUCAAAAUUUGUAUUUUGUUUCAGAAAUGUCAGUUGUGCAAUAACUGCAUGACUUAUGGGCAAAAAAUUCACGUAAAUAGGAUGUACAGUGAAGCUGAUAGAGUUCUGAUACUGUGGUUUGAUGAGAAGUGCCAAAAAGACGGGUCAUGGUGCCAGUAA